AUGGCGCGCUCAACCUUCGUGGUGGCAGUGGUGAUGCUGAUGCUUCCAGCAACGGCACGCCGGAACAAGGAUGACCUCUUCACCAUGGAAGCCGGGAAUUCAGAAGCUCGCGAUCUACAGGCGGAGUUGGAGUCGUGGCUCAGCGACAGGUGGGGCGUGGGGCUGAGCACAUCGGAUGCUCAGUGGUGGGCCAGGAAGGAGUCGUGGUACAUGGAGACUUGCGGCGCCACGCUUCCGUAUCUCAAGAAGCUCUACUCGGUGCUCAACGACCGCUUCAAGAUGGCCUACUCCUCGAGCAAAGCCGUGGAGUUGAUGUUCGCUUACGCGAAGAAGCAGUUUGAUCCAGACCAGCUCUUCGCAAUGUACAGCGUUCUCGUGGACCGCUUCGCGCUCGGGCUUAGCCAGGAGGAGGCCCGCUCGCGAGCUCCUGAGCUUCUCGAGAAGGAUGCAGCCUCCGCGGAGCUCGGCUCUCUCUACAGCUACAUGGUCGAUCGCUUCGGGGCGAUGCGGCUUCCGCAGAAGGACGCCCAGAAGAUGGCCAUGGAGCUGGCUGCUGCCGGCUGUGAACCUAUCAUGUUGAAGAAGUUCGCCACUGAGCCGUAUCCUGACAAGCAGAGGGCCGCCGAUGAGGCAGUCAUGGCCUCCUUCGACAUGCAAGCCUAUCGCUAUGCGGAGGAUGGCAAAUACUACACGGCUUCCCAGUUCAAGAACUGGUUUGGGUCCAACUGGAUGGCGAAGUGGAUGGCAAGCCCAGUGGCACAGAAGGUGGCGGAAGAUGGCAAGGCGUACUCUGCUUCGCAGUUCCGUGCGUUCUUCGGGGUCCGAGAUUGGUUGUCCAAGUGGAAUGCAGCGACGUGGGCAACGCAAAGGCGCAUUGCAGAGGAUGGAAAGGUCUACACCUUGGACGAGUUUGUCAGCUACUUCGGCCAGUCCCAGUGGCAGCAGAAGUGGGCCAAGGCACCC